AUGAACCUUUCUGUGUGCUCUUUUGUUCCCGGUGGGACUCCUGAGGAAGUGACACCCACACAGUGUGAGGAAUACCUGCUGUUCUGGUACAGAGACAGUGAAAAUAAUGUAAGCAGGAAUGUAAAAAACAGCACAUUGAGGAGAGAAUUCUAUCUAAAGACCUUUUUAAUUUCUGAUGAAGAACAACUUGUGGUUAUCAUUGGGGUUCUUCUUAUGUAUCUUCUCACCGUAUUUGGAAACCUAAUUAUUGCCGCACUUGUAUGUCUGGUGCCCCAACUUCACACACCGAUGUACGUCUUCUUGUGCAGUCUAUCAGUUGAGGACAUAGUGUAUGUAUCAGCCAUUUUACCAAAGCUGUUGGCUAUGAUGAUCACAGGUGAUACCAGCAUAUCUUUUUCCGACUGUAUUACACAGUCAUUCUUAUAUGUAUUCUGCAUUAAUACAGAAUUUUUCCUAUUGACCUCUAUGGCUUAUGACCGCUAUGUAGCCAUUUGUAUACCCUUGCACUAUUCUCUCAUCAUGACCAAAAAGAUGUGCACUAUAUUAAUUACUGUUUCGUGGUUUGCUGGCUUUCUGAAUUCAUUUGUUGUAUCUAUGAUAACUUCUCAUUUAACAUACUGUAAUAAACAUGAAAUUAACAAUUUCUUUUGUGAUGUAACAAUAAUACUGAAGCUCUCUUGCAGUGACACCAAUUUUAUAAUAAACAUUUAUAUACCAAUAGAUGGCACAAUUGUUGGUUUCUUUCCAUUUAUAUUUAUAAUGAUUUCCUACGUCUGUAUCAUAUCUACCAUCCUGAAGAUCCGAUCUUCAUCAGGAAGACUGAAGACCUUUUCCAGCUGCUCCUCCCAUCUCACAGUUGUUGUGCUCUUUUAUGGAACUUCUCUCGGCUUGAACAUGAAACCAAAGACAGAAAAUACUCUGGAAAUAGAUAAACUGCUAUCUAUGGUUUACAUUGGCAUGGUUCCUAUGGUCAACCCGCUAAUUUAUAGCUUGAGAAAUAAAGAGGUUUUGAAGGCCAUGAGAAGUAUUUUGAAGAAAACAAAAUAA